AUGCGGGACUCGGAAGCGGUCUUUAAAGAGCCGAAAUACGCACUGUCAAAUGCGUCUACAGUGGGAGAUAUACCGCAAGGGGAGAUCCCCUUACCACAGGGUCUACCAAUACCCGAGGGUGGUUUCAAGAUUCUGCAACAACCAAAGUUUGCGUUAUCGAACGCAUCAACGGUGGGGAGUCCGUUCCCGGGAAGUGGUUUCAAAGUUGAGGUUGAACCUGCGGUACCUCUGCCACCUAAACCUGUCACCGAACUCCCCUUUCCUGAGGGAGGGCUUGCUGGUUGGGCGACAGCUCUUGGGGCAUUUCUUAUUCAGUUCUGUGGCUUUGGAUACUCGACUUCUUACGGCGUGUUUCAAGAUUUCUACGUCCGUGAAUAUCUUACAAAGGAAAGCUCAUCUGCUAUUGCAUGGAUUGGAAGCAUCAAUGCAUUCCUCGUUAUCUCUGGUGGACUGCUGGCCGGUCGAAUUUACGACAGAGGGCACUUUUAUGCGCUCCUGUGGGGAGGAUCUACAUUGAUCUCGUUUUCCUUGUUCAUGCUGUCUCUUACCAAAGAGAACCACUACUAUCAGAUUUUGUUAUCCCAAGGAUUCGGAGUUGGUAUUGGAAUCGGAAUGAUAUACGUUCCCUCCGUGGCCAUACUCUCGCAUUACUUUCGACGGAGACGGAAUUUGGUAAUGACUGUUGUUGCCGCUGGAUCAUCACUUGGAGCUGUUGUGCAUCCUAUUAUGCUUAAUAACACAAUCCCCAAAAUUGGAUUCGCCAAAGCGACCCGCGCAAAUGCUGGCUUAGUCUCUGGACUACUUUUCGUGGCGUGCUUGAUCAUGAGGACAAGGCUUCCUCCUCCGUCAAGCACCCCAGAUCUACGAAAAUCUCUCAUCAAAUUUUCGAAGGACAAAGCAUAUAUAUGCUGUACUUUAGGGUUCUUUUUCUUCAUAAUUGGAUUCUAUUACCCAAUAUUCUAUCUGCAGUUGGAUUCAAUAACGCAUCAUUUAAGCCCCAACUUCGCGUUCUAUUCACUUGUGGUAAUGAAUGGAUCGUCCUUUAUGGGCAGAAUUUUUGCCGGCUUUACUGGCGGUGCAAUCGGCAUCGGAAAUCUUGUUGUUAUAUCCACAGCAAUCUGCAGUAUUUUGAUCUUCUGUAUGAUCUUCAUCUCCAGUGUGGCGAGUGUCGUUAUCAUCGCCAUUAUCUACGGCUUUUCGUCGGGUGCAUAUGUCGCUCUGAUGGCACCUAUGGUGGCCAAUCUUGCGGAUGACUUUUCCGAAAUUGGACUGCGCAUGGGAAUAGGUUUUACACUGGCUGGUUUUGGAGGCCUAGUCGGCACACCUAUUGAAGGAGCUUUGCUUACCUCACGCUACAUCUGGUGGAGACCAACCGUAUUUAGCGGAGUAAUGGCAACAACUGGAUGUAUAAUGUACAUUGGGAUGGUCCUGUUUCUGAAGCAAAAGAAGAAACGACAGGCGGCGGCGAAAGAUAUUGUCCUUGGGAGUAUCAAGGCAGCAGCGUAG